GCACAGAAAUAAACAAAAUACAUAAACAAAAACAAUCCAAUAGUAAACAUUCGGGCUGAAUAAUAUCUUUUAUCUCUUCAAAACAAUAGGAUAUUAAAUAUUAUAUGCUUGUAGAUAUUUAAUUUCUGAUCAAUCCAUUAUUCAAAAUUACUUUGUGCAAUUAAUGAACAUUUCAACAAUACACAAGAGACUGAUCUCUUCUGGCAAGAAUAUGGUGAAAUAUCUCAAACAACAAGAAGCAAUAGACAUAGAUAAUGCACUUUUCAAUGAAUAUAAGUUCUCAGUUGAUCAGCUAAUGGAAUUAGCUGGUUUGAGUUGUGCAUCUGCAAUCGCAAAGUGUUUCCCAAUUAAAGAACUCAAUAACAGGUCACUCUUGAUUUGUGUUGGUCCUGGAAAUAAUGGAGGAGAUGGACUUGUAUGUGCUAGACACAUGAAAUUAUUCGGAUAUAACUCCGAGGUAUAUUAUCCUAAAAGAGUAGAUAAGCCAUUGUACAACAACUUGUUACAUCAAUGUAUUUCAAUGAACAUCCCUGUUCUUGAUAAACUACCUGAUAAUAAUGAAUUAGAAAAGUAUGAUUUAUUGGUAGAUGCAUUAUUUGGAUUCAGUUUCAAACCACCUGUGAGGCCUGAAUUUGUACCUGUGAUAGAAGUUUUGAAGAAAUCCAAGGUACCUGUAGCAAGCAUAGAUAUUCCCAGUGGUUGGGAUAUAGAAAUGGGAGAACCUAAUGAAGGGGGCAUAAAACCAGAACUUCUUAUUUCACUAACUGCUCCAAAACUGUGUGCACAAAAAUUCAAAGGAAAAUAUCAUUACCUUGGAGGUCGAUUUGUACCCCCAAAGUUGGCCAGAGCAUAUGAUCUUUCCCUACCGGAAUAUCCUGGAACAGAAUGUUGUGUACAGUUGGAAAAGUGAUUUAUCAAUAGAUUUUUAAAUAGAAAUGAUUUUGUUGAUAAAAAAAUGAAGAUCAUAGAAAUGAAUAUUGUGAUUGUAGAAUUUGUUAAAGAUAAAUUGUAAAAUAACUCUCAAAGUGACAUUUUUACUGAAUUAAUUGUAAUUUUUUGAAUAUAAAUGGAUGGGAAGGUUAAAA